AUGUUUACUGAAGAGCUGAAAGCCUUUCGAAGGCUUGGAUUUCGCCAUGUCCUCCUGCAAUGCCUCAAUUUCGCGACUGUCAUUGCCUCGGGGCUCAUGAUAUGGAAGGGUUUGGGACUAGUAACAAACUCAGAAUCACCUAUUGUCGUAGUGUUAAGCGGUUCGAUGGAACCAGCCUUCUACCGCGGCGACCUACUUUUCCUUACCAACCCUGCGCACGAGAGAUACCAUACGGGAGAUAUCACUGUUUACAAGAUUCCUGGAGCCGAUAUUCCGAUCGUUCACCGGGUACUGGAGACGCAUGAUUUUCCGCUGACGGAUAACUCUACACUGAUUUGGGGUAUGUCUAGUUUGGCGAAACAGUAUUUGCUUACCAAGGGAGAUAAUAAUUAUGUGGACGAUAUCGAUUUGUAUCAAGGGUUAGAGUGGUUGGAGAGGAAGCAUAUUGUGGGAAAGGUUAGAGGGUUCCUACCGUAUAUUGGAUACGUCACGAUAGCAAUGAAUGAUUUUCCUCAGCUCAAAUAUGCCCUCCUAGGAGGACUUGGGCUGUUGGCGCUAAUACAGCGAGAAUAG